AUGGAUUUUGAUGUUAUUUAUCUCAGGCCUGACCUGUUUCACUUCAAUAAGCUGACAGUUUGGGACAACGUUGGUAACUUGAACCACGCCUUCAACAUCGCCGACACCGAGCUAGGGAUCCAAAGGAUGUUGGACGCUGAGGAUGUCCAUGUGCAAAAUCCAGAUGAGAAAGCCAUCAUCACCUAUGUGUCAUCGUACUAUCAGUACUUCGCCAAGAGCCAGGGUGAACAAACAGGAAGCAAGACAAUCGCAAAGACCGAGGAGCUCAAAAGCCGCAUCCUGCCCAGGUCACUGGAUGGCAUCGAGGAAGAAGACACGAAAUUAAAAAAAUACAUUUCUGAAGAGAAUCUUGUCAAAUAUGGAGAGAGAGGAGACAUUGCAAGUGAGCAUUCCAACAGCCAGGCCCAAAUAACAGCAAGCAGAGAGAAGAUGUACAAACCAUCGGAGAGACAGAUGACCCACGACAUAGAGACAGCCUGGAUGCAUCAGGAGACGGCGGAACGUGUGCGAGAGGAUGGACUGAGGAAGGAGCAUAAGAGUGAGUCAAGGAACAUAGAGGCACGGCAGUCACAUAUUCAGGUUCCACAAAAGGCCGAUAAGCAUGUGGAACAGACACCAGAUGUCUCGAAAAUCCACAAAAGGGAUUCACUCCUUCAAGAAACAACGAAGGUCGAACGUAAAAAAGAUGACAGACCAGUUGCACUGGCGGAUGAACACCGACCGAGUGAGUCAAGGAACAUAGAGGCACGGCAGUCACAUAUUCAGGUUCCACAAAAGGCCGAUAAGCAUGUGGAACAGACACCAGAUGUCUCGAAAAUCCACAAAAGGGAUUCACUCCAUCAAGAAACAACGAAGGUCGAACGUGAAAAAGAUGACAGACCAGUUGCACUGGCGGAUGAACACCGACCGAGGUAUGAGGCAACUGCAGAGGAGAAACGGGCUGAGUAUGUCCUGGCGUUUGUCCGAAACAUCUCGGAGAACAAUGAAGAGAAGGAGCUUGAGCAGGUGCUCCGGGAUACGAUGUUUCAGACACUUGUGGAGUUGGAGAAGAGAUUCAGGGCGCACAGACGGAAAAUACAACAGAUGAAAGGCGAGAAGAACUUUCAGUCCAUGCGUGAUAUGAUUGCCCGGAUGGAAAAUCAGAUUAAAACAACACUCAACAAUAAAGGCACAACGGAUAAAAGACCAACUAUUAAUCACAUGCACCGAAAGGCACUCAGGAAAUGCCACCCUUUGCUCACAAGUGACCUUGAACUCUCCACCUCCAGCAUUAUUGAUGACCUUAUAGCAUCUGAAGUGAUGUCCGAGUCAGAUAUGGACAGUAUCAGAGGAAAGGUCACGAGGAGAGGUCAGAACGAGGAGUUUCUCAGCUUCAUCAAGGGGCGUCUGUCUUUUGAGGACUUCCGCCGCCACCUGCUUCCUGCCCUGAGGAAGGAUCAUCCUCACCUGGCGGAGGCGCUGAUCUCGGAGUUGGACAGACCGGGGGAGGGGCAUGAGGACGAACAAUGUGUGGCCUGUAGAGCCAGGAAAUAUGUGACGCUCAAAAGAAUAGCAACGCCGUUGCUACAAAAUGGAGUCAUUGAAGUACCUUUGUUUACUGAUCUGAAAAGUCCCGGCAUGUCCAACAACACAAAAUGGGCAGAGCUUAGGAAAGAAGUAAGGGACGAAGACAUCAUUACUGCUAUGAAGAACAAAUAUCCAGAUUUUUACAAGGAUUUCAAGAGACAGAAGUGCGAUUCUCUGAGGUGUUCUUGUCCCUCUCAGGAUGUUCCGGAUCCAAUCUCUCCACAAGAAAGCUUCACUGACUGUGAAAGCGAUGUGACACUGCUUGACAUGUCCGACCUUGAUGAAGAUGUAUCGGGAAACAUGUCUUUCAAGGUGAAAGUUUCAGAAUACCAGAUGGCCUGUAUUCCGAGGGGAAUUUGUCUUAUCAUUAACAAUAUGAUAUUAAGAGGCGGGGAAUACCGGCAUGGAUCAGUUGGUGAUGUAUUUAAGUUGACAGAGCUCUUCGCCAAACUCCAUUUCACAAUAAGAGUAAAGGAAAAUCUCAACAAAUCUGACAUGAAGAAGACUCUUCAAAUAUGCGCUGAGAAAGAUCACAGUAGGCAUGACGCAUUCGUUUGUUUUAUUUUAAGUCAAGGGAGUAAAGAGGGUAUCGCAGCCUCUGAUGGCCAAGUCGUGAACAUAAACGAUCUAGCAGCACCCUUCAAGGCAUCAAGAUGCCCAUCCAUGGCCGGAAAGCCCAAAAUCUUCUUAGUCGAUUCCCCAAGAGGAUCUGGUGUAAUGGGUGGACUGACAAUGGAAAAUCAAACUAAAUUAGUGCGUGAAUCUGAAGAUGACACGGUUACAUCAAUUGCUGAUAAUGCCGAUAUUCUCAUUGGGCACAGCACUUAUCAGGGCUAUGACAGCUACGUAAAUGUUAAGACUGGCAGCUCUUUCGUCUCCCACCUGACUAGAUUCUUAGGUACUCAAAGUGACGAACAUGACCUGUUAAGCUGCUUAUCGAUGACCGCCAAUGACAUGUCACGGAUAACAGGUGGGGAAGCACGUCAGAAACAGGUACCAGUUUUCAAAUCGACACUGACAAAGAAGGUAUACUUAACAAGUGAUCCUUCAUGGAUGUCCUGCUGAUACCACCCUGCCUUCACAGACAAAUACCAUAGAGUGACGUUCUUCUGUGUAAUGUUCACCUGCUUGGGAUCAGAACUCAAGGAAGAAAACUUCCUACAUUCCAUUGUCCGUAUUGAUGUUUAUCAUUCCUCAAACACACUUGGCAAGAAAAUCGAAAACAAUGGCACUGAGGGCAGUAUGUUAACUGAGGAAGAGUUCCACCCAAACCAGGCAUCAGUGCUAUCAACUUUUGACUUGAAUCUGAGACCUGAAGAUUUGUCCAAACUAUACCGCAAAUGUACCACCAAAUCCUUGUCUCAAAGCUUAACCAUCAUCCUUUAUACAAUCUUAAUAGACGCACAUGUAACUUUCCCAGGAAAUUAGCAAGCUGCAUCAUUAGGACUAGAAGUAUUUUCAAAACCCGAGUUGAUUUCAUUUGCCCGGAUGUAUUGUAGCAUUAUUUAGAUGAAACCUCACGAGUGAGAAUAUGUAAAAUGUGUAUGUGUCGAAAUUUAUAUUAUCAUUUUCUUGUUUGGAAUAACUUAAAAAAUGUUAAAUUAGAUCUUUACCUCCAGUAUGAUAGGAGCUUAUCGUAACCUGUGAAAAGUUAUUUACAGUUAGAUAAACCAUUUUUAUAGGAUCUUGCUUCUAUGGCUCGCAGAUAAUAAAACUGAA